CAAGGACAGCUGGCAACACUGUUUUUCUCGUCUCGUUGUGAGCUCCUUAUUAUCUCGUCUGCAACUUCCUGUCUGGUGUCUGAUCAUUUGCUGAUCACCAUUGAUUUGGAUAUGAAUAGCAGACGAUGAAGAAAUCGAAUUUUUGAGUAACAUUCUUCGUUGUUCCUUCUUCAUUUAAUUUUCUUUAAAAUACUUCAACAUGGAUGCUGGGAAUACCAGCACUUAUCGAGGUAGUCGAAUGAAUACCAUGGAAGGUGUUGGAGCUCGGGUGAUGCGAGGUACAGAUUGGAAAUGGGGUAAACAAGACGGUGGAGAAGGGCAUUUAGGAACUGUAAGAAAUUUUGAAUCUCCUGAAGAAGUUGUAGUUGUGUGGGACAAUGGUACAGCUGCCAAUUACAGAUGUUCUGGUGCCUACGAUCUAAGAAUUGUUGAAAGUGCACCAACAGGCAUUAGACAUGAAGGCACAAUGUGUGAUACGUGUAGGCAACAACCAAUUUUUGGAAUCCGUUGGAAAUGUGCUGAAUGUACAAAUUAUGAUUUAUGUUCCAGUUGUUAUCAUGGGGACAAGCAUCAUUUAAGGCAUAGAUUUUUUAGAAUUACUACUCCUGGAAGUGACAGAGUAUUAACAGAUCCGAGACGCAAGAGUAAGAAAAUUGCGAUUAGAGGCAUUUUCCCUGGAGCUAGAGUUGUUAGAGGAGUUGAUUGGCAGUGGGAAGAUCAAGAUGGUGGUAAUGGUAGACGAGGGAAAGUGACUGAAAUUCAAGAUUGGAGUGCUGCUAGUCCUCGUAGUGCAGCUUAUGUUAUGUGGGAUAAUGGUGCCAAAAACUUGUAUCGUGUUGGAUUUGAAGGAAUGGCUGAUCUGAAAGUGGUUAAUGAUGCUAAGGGUGGAACAGUGUAUAAGGAUCACUUACCUUUGCUUGGUCAAGGUCCUGGUCGAGCAGGUAUUCAUGGUUUCCAAAUAGGCGAUAAUGUCAAUGUCGAUUUAGAAUUAGAAAUUGUACAGUCUUUACAGCAUAGGCAUGGUGGUUGGACUGAUGGCAUGUUUGAGUGUUUGGGAACUACAGGAACUGUUUCUGGCAUUGAUGAAGAUUCUGAUAUUGUUGUUUCAUAUCCGAGUGGAAACAGGUGGACAUUCAACCCAGCUGUCCUCACUAAAGUAAAUACAGCAUCUGCUGCUUCAUCUUCAGGUGCAGCUGAUGGAAGUUCUUCUCAGUUUGCAGUUGGAGAUUUAGUUCAAAUAUGCAGAGAUUUGGAAAGAGUUAAAAUACUACAAAGAGGACACGGAGAGUGGGCAGAAGCUAUGUUACCGACAUUGGGAAAAAUUGGAAGAGUACAGCAAAUCUAUCAUGAUAAUGAUUUAAAAGUUGAAGUAUGUAGUACUUCAUGGACUUAUAAUCCGGCUGCUGUAACUAAAGUUGCUUCUGAUGGUGCAAUACCUGGAACUUCUAGUGGAGAACGAUUAAGUGCUCUUUUAAAGAAAUUGUUUGAAACGCAUGUUUCUGGAGAUGUAAAUGAAGAACUUGUAAAAGCUGCAGCUAAUGGAGACGCCCAAAAGUGUGAAGAAAUUUUAAAACGCUCAGAAGCUGACGUAAAUGGAGUAUUUGCUAGUCAUACUGCUUUACAAGCAGCUAGUCAGAAUGGACAUAUAGAAGUUAUUAAGAUUUUAUUACGUCACAACGCUGAUGUAGAAAUUGAGGAUAAAGAUGGAGAUCGUGCCGUCCAUCAUGCAGCUUUUGGUGAUGAGCCAGGAGUAAUGGAGUUGUUAGCUAGAGCAGGAGCUGAUCUCAAUGCUCGAAACAAAAGAAGGCAAACUCCUCUUCAUAUUGCUGUGAAUAAAGGGCAUGUUGGGGUUGUUAGAAGUAUUCUUGAACUAGGUUGCCGUCCAAGCCUGCAGGUGAAUAUUCUUCACACUACUCUAAUUAAGAUGCCAAAAAACUUUUUCUUUUUCUUCUGCAGUGCCAUGAGAAUUUUAAUUUCCAAGCUCCCUCGUGCAUGGGUUGUUGAUGAAAAGAAAGAUGACGGUUAUACAGCAUUGCAUUUAGCUGCUUUAAAUAAUCAUGUUGAAGUAGCAGAAUUAUUAGUGCAACAGGGUCGAGCUAAUAUGAAUUUGCAAAAUGUAAAUUUGCAAACACCUUUGCAUUUAGCUGUUGAACGCCAACACACUCAAAUAGUUAGGCUUCUAGUUCGAGAGAAAUGCAAUUUGAAUAUUCCGGAUAAAGACGGUGAUACUCCAUUGCAUGAAGCAUUGCGUCACCAUACCCUUUCUCAGCUCCGUCAGCUUCAAGACAUGCAAGAAGGAGGCAAGGUUGGAGUUAGUAAUGAAAGUACCAUUAGUGGAACUUCAGAACUUUUAAUGGGUCUGGCAAACAGUUCUGACAAAAAAAGCAAUGCUUCUAUUGCUUGUUUCCUUGUUUCAAAUGGUGCUGAUCUAAAUAUCAAAAACAAAAAAGGACAAACUCCUUUAGAUUUAUGUCCUGAUCCAAACCUGUGUAAAGCUUUGACAAAAUGCCAUAAGGAGCAAUCCAAUGUUGAAUGCAUCACACAGUCCACAACUUCUGCCACUCAAGAUAAUGAAACUCUUGAAGAAUGCAUGGUUUGUUCUGAUAUGAAACGAGAUACCUUGUUUGGUCCAUGUGGUCAUAUUUCAACAUGCUCCGUAUGCUCGCCUAGAGUGAAAAAGUGCCUUAUGUGUAAAGAACAAGUUCAAUCACGAACAAAAAUUGAAGAGUGUGUUGUUUGUUCAGAUAAAAAAGCUUCAGUUCUCUUCAAACCCUGUGGUCAUAUGUGUGCUUGUGAUGGCUGUGCUGCCUUAAUGAAAAAGUGUGUUCAGUGUCGGGCACAAAUUGAUAAAGUUAUCCCUUUUAUUGUGUGCUGUGGUGGAACUGUGUUGAAUUGGCCAGGUUUAUCCAUCUUCCAAGCUUCAUCUACUCCUUCCCCUUCACCAGGAAUGAUGAUGAACAAUGGAUGCAGAGAUAAUUCACACGAUCAGAAUGAUAUUCAAAAACUACAACAGCAAUUACAAGAUAUCAAAGAACAGACUAUGUGCCCAGUAUGUUUAGAUCGUUUAAAGAACAUGAUUUUCUUAUGUGGUCAUGGAACUUGCCAAAUGUGCGGAGACAGAAUGUCAGAGUGCCCCAUCUGCCGUAAAGCUGUUGAAAAACGAAUUUUACUAUAUUAAAACAUUCAUUUGAAUCAUAAUGUAAAAAAUUAAGACACUAUUAAAAAAUUAAAAACAUUUUAUAGGUUCUCUUCUAGAAUCCAAUUUACAAGAGCUGUCAUAGAAACUAUUUAUUCGAUACUUAUUUUGAUAAUUGGGUUUAUUUUUUUUAAUACUUUAAGAGAUUUUCUUUUAAAUAACAUGCAUAAGAAAUUGCACAAAUCUCCUGUAACUUUUUUAUGUGUUGUAUACUACUGUACAGUGAAAUGAAUUAACCAAGCUUGUAUUUCUAUUUGUUAAUUUAGAUAAUGUAGUUUUUAUUUGGUACUUUCUCAUGAAAAUGGCAUUAAUAUAUCCAUCAUCUACUAUGUACAUGAUUUAGAAAAAGUACAGUUGCUUGUGGUCCUUUUCUCUGCAGUUAUAAUUAUAUCAAUCAGAUACUCGCAGCAUGUGAUGGAGAUAAUUAAUGUUAUUGUUGUGGAAGUGAAGUGCCUUUUAUUUAUCUGUUAUAAAGCACUUUUUUUUAUUGUUCAAGCAUUGCUUGUUUUAUUUUUCUCUUUUAUUGUGAUAUUUAUUAUAUUCAUAUAUAUUUGUUCAUUUCAUUGCAUUUCAUGUGAAUACAAAAAUUCGUAGAAAAUCUAUGCUAUGUACGCAAAUAUAUUAUAUUUUGUUUAUAAUAACUAGACUUAACGAUAUAUUUGUUUCUUAUUUGUAUUUUAACUAUGUUUCAAUCGUGUAUAGUAAAGCAACAUUUAUAUACAUCAUUCGAAAGAUCCACUGUAAAGUUGUAAAUGUAAAUAAAUCGAAAGAAAAAACUUUUAUAAUGAGUUAGUAAUGAUUUAAAAUAUUUGUACCUGCAUUAAAAUAAAUGGAUGUAAAUCAACACUGAGCAUUCUAAAAUAAAUUUUGUAUGGUGCAUCGAUUAUAAAAGUAAAUCAUGUUCAGUUAUCAUUUUAGAUGUGUUUCUCAUUUAAGAACUAUAUAUAUGUUUCUCUUUUAAGGACUAUACUGAACUAACUUUUUGGAAUUUUAAAAGUUAUGUUGGAUAUUUUAAAUAGCUGUUAUAGGAUUGUAAAAAAUUUCCUGUUAAUGUUCUGUAAAAACGUGAUUUUUCUCAUAACUCUGUUAAAGUGUCCUUUGAACACCUCCAUUUAUAAAUUUAUGUACAAAUCUGAUAAUAGAACUAACAGAGUAAACCUGAAGUGCCACGAUAAUAAAUCCAAAUUUGUUUGUGACUUUGCAGUCAAACAGAGUUUAUGAUUGUAUAAAUUCAACUUAAUCUAACAUGCAUACAUCAAUAUACAAAUAUAAGUUUCUUAUACAUAAAAAAUUUUUUAAGUUGAAUUUUAUAAAAUGAUAUUUGAAAAGUAGAAUAAAUUCCUGUAAAGUUGAGCAUCUCAUCAAAUAACAUAAAAAAAUUUUUACUUUUGGUUCUUUGUGGCAUUUUCUUGAUUCAUCCUUUUAGUUUUAUUAGAAACAAGUCUAGAGAUGUUUUUAAAAAAAAAGUCUCAGCAAUUUUAAGCCUUUUGUUUAUUUGCUUUUUAAAAAUAAAAAGAAAGUUAAGAGGAAUAAUCUGCAGAUACUGUGAUAGUCUGCAGCACCCGCUGCCACUCAUGCGGAUUUUUAUGCUACCAGGUGUAUGAAUAUUUACAGAAUAGUACUUGAAUAUUCUAUAAUUAAUUUUGUAAAUGAUGCUUUACUCUACUCUAAUUUUUGUCAUCCAAUAAUUCAAAUAACAUUUUCAAAGGUAAUAAAAUUGUAAAUUCAUAUAUAGCAUUUCUUUAAGUUACUUAUUUUUUUGUUUGUAAAUAUUGAAAAGAGGAAAAAAAUUAAUCCUUACGCUCUAUUUUUUCUUGUGUAAAAAAACAAAAGUUACAAAAGCAAACUAAGCUUUAGAAAAAAGUUUUGGUUUAGAACAUAACUCGAAUAAAAUUGCAUGAAAGGUUUAUUUUAUAUUGCGGAAAUAUUCUUAACUAGGAGUUUUAUGGGAAUAAAAUAAUACUUAAAACUUAUGGAAGUUGAAACAAUAAAAAAUGUUUUCAAUAGAAACCCCUACUAUAAAUUUACUCUUCAGAGAGUUUACAUUUUUCAGAUAAAUGUCUACUACGUCUUGUGUAAACCAAGUGAUCUGAUCCUCUUUUAUUUUGUUUGUUUUCUUCCUCUCCCUUUUGAUUUUUUAUAUUAUCACUUGAGUUUGGUAUAGUAUAGUUGCUUUUUGCUCUUUGUGCCAUGAAACUGUGCAUUUAAUCAGAUCAUUUGUGAAUCAGCAAUUUAAAGAAGAAAAAACUUAUACUAUUUUGUAACAAAAAAAAAAGAAUAAUCAUUUAGUUUUUAGUUAUCAGCUGUCUCUUACAACAAACUGGGGCCUACAAACAUCAUGGAAAUAAAAAGUAAGAAAUUGUGUUUUCAAAAGGAGGAAUUAAAGAAAAUUAUCAUAUCUAAAUUGUUUUUAGCAUUACUUAGCGAUUUUAAUCGCUUUUGUUAUGUAGGUUUACAAAUUAUAAAAUGAAAAAAAAAUAGCAAAUGUUAACAAAUAACAAUUUAUAAAUAUUUGGUAUUUUUCUUGCAAUUGUUUAAUUUUGAAUAAAAUUGAAGGGUUGAGAAAGUAACUUUUCUUUGUGUCUUGUCAUUUUUCUGGAAGAAAUAAUGUGGAAAAAAGAUUUUUGAAGUAAAUUUGGUUAGUAAUUGGCAAGAUAGAAAUAUUUCUUUAUUUUUCUGUUGAUAUUUCUGUUUUUACUAAAGUUUCACAGCUUUGUUCAAUAUGUAUGCAUUUUGGCAUAUAAAAAUGUUCCUAUAUGAUACGAAAAACUUUUUAAUUUAAGGUUGUAAAAAGGUUUUAAAUGAAAAGUCUGAAACAUUAUGACUAUUAUGUUUGUAGAUUUUUUACGCUUUUUGGUUAAACUUGGUUUAUUACCAGCCCUGAUUUUAAGGUAUCCUGGAUUUAUGGGAGAAAAUUCUUUAUAAAUCAUUAAUUUAAUAUUAUAAAACCUGUGCAAAACUCUGUUAUAAAUUUUACUUGGAUUUAACUAUGAAUUUUUUUACAAGCUUCUGUAAAAUUAUUUUGUUGAAGUUUCAGAUGAAAGUAUUCUGCUCUUCAUGAAAAUUUCUUUUCACAGCAUGUUAAGAUAUCUGACUGGGUUCAACUUAAUUUUUUUUAAUACAGAAUUUAUUGAAAUUUAAAUUUAUUUUAGGUAAGCAGAGAUCCUAAAAUUAUAAAUCUAAAUAGAACUUAAAAAGAAAAAAAAAUUAUUUUUUAAAAUGAGAUAAAAACUAUACAAAUGUGAGCACAAAAACUAUAAUUUUUUAUGUUACACUAACAGCUCUACAACAAAUUAUAAUGCGUGUAUAUAAAAAUAACUCUUUUCGUCAAUCAAUAACCGAUUUUUGAACUAAAAUCUUUAAAAAAUUUCUAAUAUACAAUGAAAUAGAACUAGUUAUAUUGUUCAAUAUUGAAUUUUUAUAGAAAUUCUAACGUAAAAUACGAUAAAAAUAAUAAAUUCACACUUAGACCUUAACUUUUAGUUCAAAACAUAUCUAUCAUUACAUAAAAUCUGUGCAUACAAAGUUUCAAAGAAUUCUAUAUUCAACCUCUUUUUGCAACGUUUAUUGGCAUCAAGAAAUGUUCUCAAAAAUCAAUGUUUUUCUGACAAUGCAUUUAAAGUAUGUAAUUGCCAAAAAACAAUAAAAAUAAGGCAAAACAUUUUAUAUGGCUAAAAUGUUUAGAAAUCAUAACUCAUUUUCAAUUUAUAGAGAUUUAAAUAUUGAUAUAAAAGUUCAAAUAUAGACAAUAAUCAAAAUCGCUGGUUUUCACCCAGUCUGAUACCUUAAAAGAAAGUUUUAGUCCAAAAUGUUCGAAGUUGUAUGUAUCUUGUCAUGAAUCAGAAGAAAAUAGUUGAAUAAGAAGAAAUUGUGGAUGAUGACUCAUCGAAGAUAUUACUACAUACACACCAUUUAUAAAUUAUACCUUUUGUUGCUAUUGUUUAAGCAUUAUAUUCCUAAAAAAAAAAGUUUAUGAAUCAUAAGUCUGCACUAUUCAAUGCAGUGAUGCAUCAGUCCGAACGGACCAUCCAGAAAGACUUUGUCUCAAUCCCUAUGUUCUUGUUUUGCAUUAGUUUGACUGUGUUACUAAAAUUAUAAAAUACCGUGCAUUUUGUGGAAAGCAAUUUUAAUAUUUUGAAAACUUUUCUUUCUCUCAAAAUUUAUUGCUAUUAAAAUUUUGAAAGCUUGUUGUGAAUAAGCUUAUUAUAUUCAGAAUGAACAUGAAACUUACAUUUAUAAUAUGCUACAAAAAAAUGAUUUUCCCACAUUAAGAAAUUUGUAUGUGAGUAGGAAAAUUCCUUACAAUUUUACCCAUAGCUCUAAAUCUUGGAGGGAUAAAUCAAUGAAAUUUAUAGUACUUGAUAAAUAAUGUCAUUUACCUUAAUAAGCUCUGAUUUCAAAGCAAGUCUACCAAUUAAACAUUGUAUUUAAUUUAUAUAAAAACAUUUUUGAAAUAUUUAAAGGUUCUUGACCUUAAAAGUUGAUCUAUUAAUAAUAUCCAAAAUUCGAAGCGAGUCAUGUGUAAUAUUCACCUAGUACAAAAUUUAAACGUCCUAUUUCUUUUUUCGGUCUUGGUAGUUACCUUUGUAAAUUUGAUGCAAGAGUAAAUAAAGCUUUAAUAAAAUAUUGAUUAAAAGCAAUGUCUUAAAGUGUUUAGCAUGAAAAUAACAGAAUAAGGAAAACUUGAUCUAACUUUGGGUUAUCUUAUGUAAUAAAAGUCCUAAAAUUGUUCUCGUGUCAUGCGUCUUUUCAUAAUAUCCAUAUGAAAAAUAAGUUUUCAUAAAUAUUUUUCCUUUAUUCUAUAGACAGAAAUUAGAGAGAGAAAAAAAAAAAAAAUCUUAUUUAUUUUAUGUCUGCAAGUUAAUGGAGAACAUUCUGCUUUUAUGUUAGAAGCUUAUUUUUCAAACUGUUGGCCUUAGUUUAACUAAAGCCUAUAUUGUUAACUAAAGAGUUUAACUAGUUCUACUAAAGUGAAUUAGUCUCUCUUUAGUUGAAAAUAUUUAUAACUGCUUGAUUUAUAGUGCGAACUGAAACCACCAAGAUUUGUUUCAAUAAAAAAUUUUGAGAUAUUUUACUUAAACACAAAUACUUAUCCCCAAUUAUUUAUAAGUCCUUUAAGCAAAAUAGAUUAUUUUCUUUUUUUAAUAUUUUUUAUCUAGUCAUAGUUUACAAAGUAAUAUAAGUAUGCUUACUAUAAGCUUCUGUAGGUGUCAUGUUCUUUUCUGAAAAUAUCUAGAUUCUCUUUAUAAGGUAAUAGUUUUUGCUUGCUUGUUAGAGUACAUUCAUGAAACCUGUUAAUACACCUAUUUCACUUUUUCUAAUUUGUCUGUAACUUUAUAUAGUAAUAAGUGAAAGUUGUAUGAAUUUUUUUAAAGUAUGUAUGUUUGUGACUCUGAGUUGGGGCAUCCACAUGUUUAUAACAUUGUUGAGAGAUACUUUUCUUUUUCUACUUUGAGAGUAUGUAUGUGUAACAUUUAUAUGGACCUGCGUCUAUGAAUAAAGAUGUUGACAUUUGUUGUA